UGUCCUCACCGGGACACCGGGGGACAGUCUGUAGCGCCGUCUGUCCUCACCGGGACACCGGGGGACAGUCUGUAGCGCCGUCUGUCCUCACCGGGACACCGGGGGACAGUCUGUAGCGCCGUCUGUCCUCACCGGGACACCGGGGGACAGUCUGUAGCGCCGUCUGUCCCUCUGGAGCCGUCCCGGGGUUUUGUAACUGCUGUUACGAACACUUCGGUGUCCCGCACAAAAGAAGCAUUUUGAAUUUCCCGCGGUAGUCCAGAGUCACGUGGGAGCGGCUCCGGCCUCUGAUUGGCUCCGCGGCUGACGCUCUGCCCUCCUAUUGGCCGGCUGCGUUCAGGCGCCAAGGUUCCAACAAAAAGCCUCAAAAAGGCAGAAGAAGCUUCAGUCCAGCCUCGGUCCUCGGAGUGUCCCGCCGCCGUCCUCGGUCCUCGGAGAGUCCCGCCGCUGUCCUCGGUCCUCGGAGUGUCCCGCCGCUGUCCUCGGUCCUCGGAGUGUCCCGCCGCUGUCCUCGGUCCUCGGAGUGUCCCGCCGCUGUCCUCGGUCCUCGGUGUGUCCCGCCGCUGUCCUCGGUCCUCGGAGUGUCCCGCUGCUGUCCUCGGUCCUCGGUGUGUCCCGCCGCUGUCCUCGGUCCUCGGAGUGUCCCGCUGCUGUCCUCGGUCCUCGGUGUGUCCCGCCGCUGUCCUCGGUCCUCGGAGUGUCCCGCCGCUGUCCUCGGCCCCAUGCUGUCCUCCCGCUCUCCGCUGUCCCAGAAGGCUCCGCUGGGAGACAUGUCUGUGGACAAAGAGAACACGCCUCCGGGCCUGAGCUCCAGCCGCGUCCUGGCCUCUAAGACGUCCCGGAGGAUCUUCGCGGACUCUGCGGUGAAGAGCAGCGCCCCCCGGCGGCGGCGGCAGGACCUGGACCAGAACCCGGAGCAGGAGGAGGAGCCGCUGCUGAAGGAGAACCCGGGCCGCUUCGUCCUGUUCCCCAUCCGGUUCCACGACAUCUGGCAGAUGUACAAGAAGGCCGAGGCGUCCUUCUGGACGGCCGAGGAGGUGGAUCUGUCCAAGGACCUGCAGCACUGGGAGAACCUGAAGGACCAGGAGAGGUUCUUCAUCUCCCACGUCCUGGCCUUCUUCGCCGCCAGCGACGGCAUCGUCAACGAGAACCUGGUGGAGCGCUUCGCUCAGGAGGUGCAGGUGACGGAGGCCCGCUGCUUCUACGGGUUCCAGAUCGCCAUGGAGAACAUCCACUCCGAGAUGUACAGCCUGCUGAUAGACACCUACAUCAAGGACCCCCGAGAGAGGGAGUUCCUGUUCAACGCCAUCGAGAACCUGCCGUGUGUGAAGAAGAAGGCGGACUGGGCUCUGAACUGGAUGGGGAACCAGAGAGCGUCCUACGGAGAACGUGUGGUGGCCUUCGCCGCCGUGGAGGGGAUCUUCUUCUCGGGCUCGUUCGCCGCCAUCUUCUGGCUGAAGAAGCGAGGCCUGAUGCCCGGCCUGACGUUCUCCAACGAGCUGAUCAGCAGGGACGAGGGUCUGCACUGCGACUUCGCCUGUCUCAUGUUCAAACACCUGCUGAGGAAGCCGUCCCCGGAGACCGUGGUCACCAUCAUCAGGGACGCCGUGGAGAUCGAACAGGAGUUCCUGACUGAAGCUCUGCCGGUGAAGCUGAUCGGGAUGAACUGUGACCUCAUGAAGCAGUACAUCCAGUUCGUGGCCGACCGGCUGCUGCUGGAGCUGGGCCUGCCCAAGGUCUACCGGGCGGAGAACCCCUUCGACUUCAUGGAGAACAUCUCUCUGGAGGGGAAGACCAACUUCUUCGAGAAGCGGGUGGGCGAGUACCAGAGGAUGGGCGUCAUGGCGGGCGCCACCGACAACGCCUUCACCCUGGACGCCGACUUCUGACCUCUGACCUCUGGGCUUUUUGUACAUUUUAGUGUUUUUACUGUUUCUACUCUAAUAAAGCUUUUA